AUGGAUGUUGAAGUGGCUGGCAGUGGUGAGGAUGAGAAGGCACGUGUCACGACGGGUUUGGAUGUGGGGAAACAUGUGACGGGGAUGCGACGCGUGUACAAGGGAGAGCCCGUGAGCGCAGCUAGCCUGCAUGAGGACCCGCUGAAGCAGUUCAAGCUGUGGUUGCAAGACGCCGUGGAGGCGGAGGAGAAUGAGCCAAACGCCAUGACGCUGGCCACGGCAGACGAGGACGGCGUGCCUAACGCACGCAUGGUGCUGCUCAAGGGCGUGGACAAGCGCGGCUUCCGCUUCUUCACCAACUACGACUCGCAGAAGGGGAGGGAGCUCACGGGAAACCCGCGCGCAACCCUGGUGUUCUGGUGGCAGUCGCUCAGCCGCUCCGUGCGUGUGCACGGCCAGGUGGAACGGGUCCCCGACGCUGAAUCUGACGAGUACUUUGAAAGCCGGCCCAUUGGCAGUCAGAUUGGCGCCAUCAUCUCCACUCAGAGCAAGCCGCUGCACAGUAGGAGGGAGCUGAACGAGGAGUAUCAGCGACUGAUGGCCGAGUGCGCAGAAGGCCGCUAUGUUCCUCGCCGUCCCGCGCACUGGGGCGGUUUCAUCGUGCGGCCUCUCUGGAUCGAGUUCUGGCAGGGCCAGCCGAGCCGUCUGCACGACCGCAUCCGCUACACGCGUUGCACCACCACUGACGCGCCCCCUUCGACCGACGGCGACACUGAAGACGUGGCCUCCCCUGCUUUCACCAAGGAGGCUCUCUACCCUUGA